AUGUACGACUGCAAUUUGGAGAAGGAUGCACAUGAUAUUGCAGUAAAGUGCAAUGACGCAGAAACUCCGCAAACGUCACUUACUACCCAGGGCGAAAAUUUCUUGAAAAUUGACAAAGUGUACUCAGAAAUAGGAACGGCAUCAAGCGCUAUGUACAUAGCAGGAACCAAGUGGUUCGAAGAAAUUACGAAAAAUGGAAUCAACCAAAAUAUAGACUUCACUCAAUUUUUCGCUAAUAAGAAGCCUACUGUAUACCAUUGGUCACAAAUGGUUUGGGCGAAGACGUAUAAAAUUGGCUGCGAGAUAGCGGACUGUGAAGAUUUGAUGAAUAAGGAGUACACCAUCGUAGUGUGUCGUUAUAGCCCCAAAGGAAAUGUCGUGGGAAACAAAGUAUACCAACCCGGCAAGAUACCGGAUUGCGAAUAUGGAACAUCCGCAGGAUAUUCUUCUCUUUGUGCAUAUCCUCCUUUCUCAUAAAUCAUACGAAUAAAACUUGUGCAUUA